AUGCAUGGUGUGCAGCCCCUCAGACAUGCCCAGCGCCUCAUCCGCGUGGCGCGUUUGAGAGGCCGGGAGGCUCCCGUGUACCGAGGAUGCUGGCGUGCUGCAGUUUUGCUUUUACAGGAGGAAGGCUUGGGUUACUUUUUCACCGGCAGCAUUGCCGUGGGUGAGAAGAAACGUGGGCUGGAGGAGCGGCACAGGUGGUAUCAUGAUAAUCUUACCCGACAUGCAGCAGAAGCGCUGCUGCUUUCCAACGGGCAGGAUGGAAGCUAUCUCUUGAGGAAGAGUAAUGAAAGGGAAAAUUUGUACUCCCUCUCUGUAAGGGGAAAGGAUUCCGUGAAACACUUCCAUGUUGAACAUACAGGAACUUCAUUCAAAUUUGGAUUUAAUGAAUUUUCUAGCUUGAAGGAAUUAGUCAUGCAUUUUGCAAAUCAGCCUUUAAUUGGAAGUGAAACAGGAACCUUAAUUGUAUUGAAGCAUCCCUACCCACGGAAAGUGGAAGAACCUUCCAUUUAUGAGUCCGUCCGAGUUCACACGGCGAUGCAGACGGGAAGGACAGAAAGAGACCUUGUUCCAAAUGCUCCCUCACUUGGUACAAAAGAAGGAUAUUUGAUAAAACAAGGCAAAAUAGUCAAGAAUUGGAAGACAAGGUGGUUUACACUGCAUAGGAAUGAACUUAAGUAUUUCAAAGACCAGACAGCCACAGAACCGAUUCGGGCACUUGACUUAACUGAAUGCUCAGCUGUGCAAUUUGACUAUUCCCAGGAAAGAGUCAACUGUUUCUGUUUAGUGUUCCCACUAAGGACAUACUACCUGUGCGCGAAAACUGGAAUAGAAGCUGAUGAGUGGAUUAAAAUACUGCGAUGGAAACUGUCACAAAUACGGAAGCAACUGGAGCAGCAUAAUGCCACCCUCAGUUCCUAGCUGCACCUCCAGUACUUCUGCUCCAUUGGCAGGAAUUGCCUCUUUGCCAAAGGGAGGGCAUCGCUUACAAGAGGACGGUUUCACACGUCUCCGUUACUCACAGUGGGCACGCAUGCGCAUGUAUGCCCACGCACAGACGCUUGCAUCCAGCUCUGCACACAGAGGAUUCGUACAGCUGAGCGCUCUUGGGCUGUUGAGUCACGUGUGGAGGCGGUUGCAAGAUCAGAGUGUCAGUUUGAUAUGCAUGGUGUAUGCCUGUAAUGCACUUAAUUCAAACACCUGUUAACUAAUCACAGAAGUAGUCACCGUUUAAAACUUUUGUGGUUAUGCAGAGCACUCUCGAUAAUUUAUUGCAAGCUCCAUCACAACUAACCAUUAGCAGCAUAUUCUGUAACCUUGAGCCUGUUAUUUAAAACUGGUCCUUUCUGGAAACAUUUAAUAUUUCUUUUGCAUUACCCGUUUAGGCUCUAAACCAAAAGAAAAAUGACAGAGGUAAUUACAUUUUUGUAAAUAGCAUCUAUACUACAAUCCAGAGAAUAUUUCAAGGCCCUUCUCAAGGUGAUGGAUGAGUAACACUUAGUUCUGGUCAAAUAUGUUUUUGUAUGGUUUAGAUUCAUACCACAGUGAUGGCUACAAGUGAAUGUUUGUUUCAGACAGCAUCUAUAGGUAAUGGUGAGCAGCAUCAUGCGAGCAUGCUUGUUUACAAACUAGGAUUAUGAGAAACAGGCAGCUGGUUCCCGGCAUGCAUAUGACAGAGCUGCCGUGGGACCUUAAGGAUGGGUGACAGGACUCUGCAGAAAUCUUUGCCUGUGGCAGCCACCAGCGUUGUUAGUAGCGUUAUGAGUUGGGCCCCCUACAGUCCCCCUUGAAAAUGGGCUGGAUUUUGUAUUUUUUCCUCACGCAGAGAACUCAAAACAAGGUUUUGUCCAGAACUGUGUUUAGAAUUAAGCACUGCUUGCUUUAUAUUAAACAAAAAACACCACAUACACUAAAAAUACGAAUUUAAAAGAAUACAUCUUCUACAUAACCCGAUGUAAAUUUCCAUCUGUAUUUUGGAAGACUCAUACACACUGAACAGUGUUGUGGCUCGCUACAGAGUUGAGAAGCAGAAUCCCAGUACUUUGGUGCUGUAGUCAAAACAGAUGUUACAUUUUGGAAGCAAAGUUUGACACACUGGAGGGUCCCAAGACCAGCUUGGCCUGACCUCAAGGCUGACCCAGCUGCAAGACCCCCCGAGCAAUCCUGCUCCUCCUGCAGGGGUGGGGGCCCAUCACCCUGCAUAACAGUCAAGUUUCUGCUGAAACUGUAUGCAAACCUCCCCCACUAUGCAAAUGCUGCAGCACAGGGCUUAGUAUUGCUCACACAGCAGGUCAGCGUUCAAUAGAUGCCUUUACUGUGAGAAGACUGACGAAGAGCAGGGGGAAAAACAUACCAGAAGAAGAAAGAAAAUCUAGAUUUGGAGACAGGAAUAGCAUUUUAUUUCAACUUAGAAAUUCAAAAUAUUUGUAAAUAUUUUUAUACAGACUGUUUUCUGAAAAAAAAUGUCAUUAUAAAACUACCAAAGGUCUUCUGUAUUCCUGUGCUGUAUUGCUAAAGCUUUGUCCUCUUUUUUCCUUUAAAGAAGUGGUUUAACAAACGGGCAUCUCCCGUUUAGUUAAAAAGCUUUGAUGAGUUUGUGUGACAGAGAGGCAGCGUAAAGGGAAGAGAGAGAGAGAGAGAGAGAAUGUUCUCUAACAGCAUUACUGUUCCGUGAAAAUGGCUUGGAAAUGAGGCUUGAAGCGUAACCACAAAAGCAGCCUUCCCUUUUUCACACAACUGGCUGUGUUACAAAACGUCAGAAGCGAGUUCAGCACAUGGUGUCACGAACUGAAGCCAGUAAAAGAAAUGGCGCUUGGCCGGCCUAGGAGGCAGUCACAGACAGACGAGUUGAACAGAAGCUAACAGCAAGGGUAGGCCUCAGAUGGAACACAAAUGCUUUUUGCCAGAAAUACACGCAGAGACACCUUGGGACUCAGUUUCUAGCUGCUUCUGUAAUGACCAGCAACAGAAAGCUCAAGCCAGGAGCUCAGUUUAAAUGGAAAAGGGUUAACUGACAACUUUUAAUCUCCAAUAGAGCUUUUGAGCCAAGAAUUCCCAGUCCUCAUUUCCAGCACCACUGUUUACCCCCCAUCCUGCCUGAUGCUGAAGAUGGGUGAGGUAUAAAUGAGGGGCAGUGGCACCCCCUUCCCCAGCGGGAGGCAUAGACCUGCCAAGAGCUCUCCCUUAGACCAGCAGCGCUUGGUUUUGGCGCUGGAAGUCUACACUGCAGCCAUCACAAGCGGAAUAUGGGAGGGAACGAGGUGGGGCAAAGAGCACAGGAUCGAUCCCCAGCAACAGGAAGCCAGUUGGCACCAAGUUCUGCAUCUCUGCAUUGGCACAGGACUUGGUAUCCUUAUCACCCAAUUGGGAGAUACACUGGUUAGUUUUCAGCCUGUAAACUCGUGGGUUUUGU